CCGUGAUACAAUUGCCGUGAUAUUCCGAUUCCGUAGCACCGAUGGAGGCCUUCCUUGCCGAAUACGCCGAAGGCGGCCUCAAGAAAGACAUCGCACCGUUCCUCGGUAACAUGUGUGGGUGGAUGCAUUCCACACAACAACUUCUGCCUUUGUCGUGUCGAUGAAUGCAUUCCUCAUGGAUGGAUGGAUGGAGAUGGGGUGUGUGUGUGUGCAGAUAGCGUAUCGUUGGUCAACUUCAGCAGCUGCAGCCCCCUCAUCGCGGGGCAGAUAGGCCGCGACCACCAUGACCUGUGGAGCACGCACCUCACCCACCCCGAGUACGCCAGCGAUGUGUUCAAGGAGAAGGGGCGCGGCCGAGCAUUCGGGCAGUCGCCGACCUGCCAUCCGUCCUUCUACCGGCUGAUAGUGGCGGCCUUGAGCCGCACGGGACACACCAGACGCCUGGCUAAGAUCAAUGUAGGCCUCUGCACUGACACUGAGGAUGCUCACGCGCACGUCUGUUUGGAUUGUGCUGUUGUCCACACGCAGAAGCUGCACACGCGGGGCAAGCUGACGGCGCCGUUCGACCCCAAACACGACCCCGCCAAGAUGGACAACCCCAAGAAGCGCGGCGGCAAGAAGCAGCAGCAGCAGCCCAGCUCCUCCGAGCCGGGCAUCUACGAGUUGUUCAACGGCUUAGUGAAGGACAAGGAGCGCAACGCUCGGCAAGAGGACAUCCGGCGGGAGGCCAAGCGCAGGAGGGAGGGGUGGGGGCCCAUCCCCAAAGAGCACGAGGGGCUCUUCUGGGCGCUGGACAACAACCGCCCCUCCAUGCUGGCCACGCGCAUGCGGACGCGCUUCCCGGCCAAGAAGGUGCCGGGCGGCCUGCUGCAGCGGCUCAGGAGCGAGGCCAAGUGGAACGAGGAGGCCGCCAAGGUGCUGGCCGAGUACGUGGAGGAAUAGAGAAGUGUUGGGGUUGGGGGGGGCAGGGGCGACUGGCUGGGUGUGUGGAUUGAUAAGUGAGACUGCCUGGUGUGCGUUGUGAAUGCCGGAGUGCGGUGACACCAUACAUGUCAUGUGAGUGAAUGAGCCAUCCAUCAUUCGGACUGUCCAGUGCAUGGUAUGGACCCACGUCUGUACCGUAAGCCGAAUACUUGCUCCUAGCUUGCCGCCGAAUGGGAGGGCGGACAGCGAGUGUUUCAGGAGGCCUUGGGAGACGUCAGGACGGCGCACAGAUCUGUGUGGG